GGCGAGGAAAGGAUGGUGACCAAUGGGGUGCCGAUGAUCGGGUAUAUAUUUGGGAACACAGCACCUCUCGAACCACAGCUCAGUCUUAACAGCACUCACCUCGGAUUCACUGUUACCUGUCACAGUAAUCGGAAUUCCUACCAGGAUGGCUCGACUUUCGCUGUUCUUUCUGGUGUUGCUGGCGGCUGUCUCAAGUUGUCUGGCCAGAGGGCACCAGAAGACUUUGACCCCUCCCCAGAAGACUGCGAGCCCUCCAUCUAAACAGGAGAGUUCGGGCGAGAAGAAAUGCCCUCCCAGUUUAUCCAGAGGAUGGGGCGACGACAUUGAUUGGAUUCAGACCUACGAGGAAGGACUGCACAAAACAAGGAAAACUAACAAACCUUUAAUGGUUAUCCACCACUUGGAGGAUUGCCAAUACAGUCAAGCCUUGAAGAAGGCAUUUGCUGAGAAUGAGGAAAUCCAGAAAAUGGCAAAAGAAGACUUUAUUAUGCUCAAUCUUGUGUUUGAGACAAAUGACGACAAUUUGAGACCUGACCAGCAGUAUGUUCCGAGGAUAAUAUUUAUCGAUCCUUCCUUAACAGUGAGGGCAGAUAUCACAGGGAAAUAUGAUAACCGUAAAUAUACCUAUGAGCCUCAAGACAUGGAUAUCUUGGCUGCAAAUAUGAAGACUGCCCGAAAGCUUCUGAAAAUUGAUUUAUAGAAGCUUGAAGUCACCUAUCUAUUAUAAGCUUUAUUCAUUACGUUACUUCUGUUCAACACUUGUAACUAUAAUACACUCAUAGUGAAUCUACACAAUCCCAAUAUUGUAUUGAUAUUUGCAAAACAAGUGUAAAUAAUGUUCUCCCAAUAACGGCAUUCCAGCUUGUAAGCAAUGAUAUUUUAAUAAAUGCUUUUGAUACCAAUGUGAGUGUGUGCACAAAUUCUGUACAAUUAAGUGAACAGACAGUAACACUUCCUAUUAUAUAGUUCUGUGAUUGAUUUACAAUUAAAAAUAUAAAAGGAAUUUCCAUUUUGUAUUGUGCUUUUCAUGACCUCAGGAUAUCUCAUUUUACAGCUAGAAUGUACUUUUAAAGUGUAGGUUUUUUUAAUGUCAUAUAAUCGCACACUGUUGAUCAUUUAAUCAUUUUAAAAAUGAGUUAACAAGCGAUACUUAAUUAUGUGAUACUUGCACUGGACAGAAUGUUUAUACACUGAUUAGAUUGUUUACUGGAUAUUAAACGUGGCAUUGCAAAUAAAA